AUGCCUCAACUACGAUCAACGUCCACAAAAGUCCUCUUAGACGGACUCACCCACCGCCAAAAACGAACUCGCAAGGAUGCAUCAAUAGAUGGAAACCUUGAAAAUCAGCGUUAUGAAAAGAAACAAAAGCGUAGCCUCGCAGCAUACCCACAACAAAUGCAAGAGCAAGUCUCCAAGCUAGUCAGCGAUAUCCUUGCCUCAAUAUACUACGACAUCAACUACGUCUGCAUCCUCCGCAGUAGUGUCAGGCUGAAUCCCACGGCUGAAAAUGUAGCUCAGUACCGGCUGCAGUUCCGUGAGAGUGGCGACCUGCUUGACAGGGUCGUCGGGCGGUUUAUAAAUCGCGAUACUAGUCUUCACAACGGUUCCGAACCCAAAUCUUAUUUCAAUCCCCGAGGAACAAUCCGACGUCUAGAAGAGUUUGUCACAAUAUUUGGCUGGAAGAUGCUCUCGAUCUGCAUGGCAGCAGAAGGAUUCCGGCGUGCCUGUCGGGAGAUCCGCCACAGUGUGAUCUGGGCAGAAGUCUUAGAGAAAAUGCGAGAGAACCAAUGGAGCAUUGAAGUGUUCGCGCGGUCCCGCAAUCUAGACUGGCGUGGGCAGCUGCUGAAAUACGCCCAUCUGGACCUCAUACCGGAGCUUGGUUCCGAGCUGCGACCUGUGCGGAAAAUGUGGGGGCAACAUCCGCAUCAUGUCGUGCAGACUCUGGAUAAGAAGGUGCGGCGGCCGAUGUUUGAAGGGAUGCCCCAGGUUCAUAUUGAUGAGCCGGUUUUUGAUCCAAGAAAUUGGCAGGAGGAUGGAAGGGUUGAAGACCCGACGGCCCGAAUACCACAUGAUGGGGACUGUGAUCUCUGCGGGUCUGGUGAUAUCUGUGACUGUGUACUUGAUUUCUCGGCUGGGAGCCUGGUUGAGCUGGUCGAUCGGCCUUUAACUGGGACUGGGGUACGGGCGUUAACGAGCUUCAAGAAGGGCGAUAUCCUGGGUCAAUUUGUUGGAGAGCUCCAUCAUCCUGAUUAUGACGGCGAUCAUCUCUAUUCGCUGAUGCAUGCGUCCAAGACUGACUCGGAGUACUUUCUUGCGAUCAUCUCGCCGCGCAAAUAUGGAAACUGGACGCGGUAUAUUGCGCAUUCUUGCCGGGCGUCGACGAAGUUCAACUAUCGGACUGUUGGGAGGAGGACGGUCAUGACGGUGGAGGCGAAACGCGAUAUUGCGCCCUUUGAGGAUCUCACCGUCAACUAUGGGAGCGAUUACUGGGCCCGUCGGGAAUGCAUGUGUGGAGAGACAAACUGUGUUAGUAGGCGGAGAAGGAGUCAAUAA